GUCACGCUAGAUCUAUAUAUAGGUAUGUGAGACAAACUAGAUCUUGUCUAGGUGGUGGAUAGUAAAGUAAAAACAUUGAAAAUGCACUCCAUAUCGCCCAAGUUGGUGGUUGCAAACUCAAAAGAUGAUGCCAAGGAUGAACAAAUGAACCAAACAAAUGAAGGACCAAAUAUUAAGACAGAUGAUGAUCUGAAUGGUAGCACAAAAAAAUCUCUCCUUAUUUUGGCAGCUAUAUUUUGUUCUGCACUAGUUGCAUUAGGAAUUGUGUAUGCUAGUUUUCCAAAGCUAGAGCAUGAUGACGCACAGUAUAUAAAACUUCCAAGAAAUAUUGAAGAUGCUAAAAACUUGGGCAAAGUUUUACAUCACUACAAAGAGAAAUAUUACUAUCAAGUUUUACUUGGCUACUUUGUAGUCUAUAUAUUUUUACAAACUUUUGCCAUUCCAGGGUCUAUUUUUCUAAGUAUUAUUUCUGGAUUUUUGUAUCCAUUUGUAUUAGCUUUACCAUUGGUAUGUCUGUGCUCAGCUAUUGGAGCGUCCUUUUGUUAUCUACUAUCCUAUAUGGUGGGAAGAAGAAUUGUGCAGAAGUAUUUCCCACAGAGAGCCGCAGAGUGGAAAAAGCAUGUAGACAACCAUCGGCAGCACUUACUGAACUACAUGUUAUUUCUUAGAAUAACGCCAUUCCUGCCCAACUGGUUCAUCAACAUCACAUCCCCUGUCAUUGAUGUCCCACUUGGUACAUUUUUUAUUGGAACAACUUUAGGUGUAGCACCACCAUCUUUUGUGUUUAUACAAGCUGGAACCACUCUUCACAAACUGUCUUCAACUAGUGAAGCAAUGUCUUGGUAUAACAUUGGACUCUUAGCUCUCUUUGCGGCGGUGGCACUUCUACCUGUACUACUGAAAAACAAACUCAAAAGCAAAUUAGAAUAAUAUAAAUGAGGAAUGUUUUUUCUCUUUUUGGUCAUUGUGCAAGUGUCAGUCGUUUUUAAUCACCCAAGGUCUUGUAAGCAGAGUAAAUGUUUGAUGUUGUGUAAAUGUAUCUUCUACUCAGAGCCAAUGUUCAAUUAACAUUGACAAUCUCCACUUCAUCAGCAUACAUCUUGCUAUUUAUUCAGAUAUGUGAUGAUAACCCUAAAUAAACAAAAUACAUAAAAAUACUUUUUUAAAAAACAAAGCUUAUAUUAAGUGUAUCAGUUAGUUUCGAUCAGUCAUAUCAUUAAUUUUAUAAUAGAUCUACACUGUAAUAAAUCUGUACGAUUAGAAAUAUUUAUUUUACCAAUUGUUUUUGUUUAGGGCAAUUAAAGAAAAGAUAUUUUCUAUUUGCUAAAAGAUCAGAUGUUAUUCUUGAAUUUUUUUUAUAACUCAGAGUUUACAUUUAGGUGUAGGGCGUGUAGGUUAGCUUCUCUUAAAGAUAUUGACAUUUCCCAGUCAUUUCCUUCAAUUGUAAUUGGUAAAAUAAUACACCUGUCUUCACUCACUAGAUUUACAGGGCACAGAAUUUAGAGAUUAAGCUAUUGGUUCAUUAGAUGAGUAACUACUAAAAUAUCCUUUUUUGUUUUUACUCAUCCAAAGGAAGGGAAAAAAAAAAACUGCCUGCUUAACAGGAAACUUAAAGAAAAGGGAAAUGUUUAAGUUCUUUAUGGAAUAAGGGAGUCAUUGCUUUUUUAUUUACUGUCCAAGUGUGCUUAUGUGGAUAGUGUUUGAGGACAUGUUUAUUGACAAUUUUGAUGACUGUAUCCAGUAAUGCAAAGAUUAAAAAGAAAACAAUUACAGCAUUGAUAAUAGAAGUCACUUAUAUCUUAAUAGAAAUAUAAGAAAGAACCUGAAUCUGUUAUUUUAUUCUAAAGUUUUUCAGUAACUUCUACAAGGCCUGUCAAAAUUGUAAAUUCCCUGGGUGUUAUAGUUUUGGCAUUUAUUAAGAUAAAAAAAAGCAUUCACUAAAAGAGAACUACAAUAAUGCUAUAUAAAAAUCUCACUAAUUGUAGUAUCAUUCUGCAGGCUAUCAUCACUUUUCAUUCAAGCUUCAUUUUAUUAUAAUUGAAUGGUUUAUGUCUGUGAUAUAUAUAUUAAUGAAUAUCAAAAAUACACAUUUCUUUGCAUUUGUUAAUAUGAUUGAAUGUUAUGAUUUAAUUUGAAUGUGUUUUACUAAAAUAGGCAAUAAAAUAAGUUAAUUACACUGGUA